GGGUACCGCGUCAUUUUUAUUCAUAAUCAUCCCCUCUAUAUAUCCCGUCUCGGCAUUGUCAAAAUUCAGUUUCUCGAUGCGUACAUAUCCAACAAACCAAACAAGAAAAACAAAGCAAAGCAGCCCCAGUACGCAAAGUCAAACAAGAAUUACACAAAUUUAGAAAACACAUAGAAAACACAUACACAAACAAACUCAAUUCAAACAACAUUACACACAUCUCAAACACCACCAUGGAACAACAAAAUGAAGGCGGAGACAUCGUGUCUGAAUUGGUAAAAAUAAAAGGUGUAGACACGACGUUGACGUUAACGUGCGCCGGAAUGCUGAAGUGGCACGACGGUCAGCGCCUCCGGUGUUUGACCGUGGAGAAGGAAGUCCUUGGUUUCUCCACCGUGGGGUCGCAAGUGUUUGUGAAAACUGUGGUGGAGACACCUGGGCUUUGUUGUGUUGGAGGUGGCGACAAGGGGCUUACGAGGAAGACGUUUGUGUUUGAGCCUCUGUCGGAAGGGUCUUUGCAACUUUGGUCUCGUAAGCUUGGUCAAUAUAUUGAUUCCUUAGGACGGCCAAAAAAGUUGCUCAUAUUUGUUAAUCCAUUUGGAGGAAGGAAAUCUGCUACAAAGAUCUUUGCUGCAGAUGUAAAACCCUUGCUCGAUGAUGCUAAUAUCCUAUAUACGAUGCAAGAAACUAAACAUCAGCUCCAUGCUAAGGAGAUCACAUAUAAAAUGGAUCUGUCGAUGUAUGAUGGUAUUGUUUGUGUUAGUGGGGACGGAAUAUUGGUUGAGGUUAUAAAUGGACUCCUGGAGAGGGAGGAUUGGGAUUCUGCAAUAAGGAUGCCUCUUGGAGUAGUACCUGCAGGUACAGGGAAUGGUAUGGCAAAAUCUCUUUUGGACUUGGUUGGUUAUCCAUGUACAGCUCUUUAUGCGGUUCUUGCUGUCAUUCGAGGGCACAAGCGUUCAUUGGAUGUAGCAACUAUCUUGCAGGGAGAGACCAGAUUUUAUUGUGUAUUGAUGCUUGCUUGGGGUUUGGUUGCUGAUAUUGACAUCGAGUCAGAAAAGUAUCGAUGGAUGGGGAGUGCACGGAUGGAAUUCUAUGCUCUUCAACGGAUAUUCCAUUUGCGGACCUACAACGGGCGUAUAUAUUUUGUACCUGCUCCUGGAUUUGAAGCUUUCGGUGACGAACUAAGUGGACACACUGUUGAAUGUGCUAAAGGCAUCUGUGCUCGUGGUCAAAAUCAAGAGGGUAUGAUUAAUAUUCAACAGCAUGGAUACCGAGACUCAAAUAUUGACCUGCAGAGUUUGAAUUGGAGAACGAUUGAAGGUCCUUUUAUUUCAGUCUGGCUUCACAAUGUACCCUGGGGCAGUGAGGACACCAUGGCAGCUCCUGAUGCCAAGUUUGCUGAUGGUUAUUUGGAUCUGAUCAUAAUGAAGACUUGCUCCAAGUUACCCUUGCUAGCUUUAAUGGCUGAAAUGAACAACGGUAAAUAUGUCAAAUCACCGCAUGUAUUGUAUCUUAAGGUGAAGGCAUUCAUUUUAGAACCUGGUUCACAAAUUGCUGAUCCAUCCAAGGAAGGGAUCAUAGACUCAGACGGUGAGGUGCUGGCUAGAGGGAAAGGAACAUAUAAUUGUGACCAGAAGUCACUGCUGACAUACGGAAAGCUUCAAAUAACUGUGGAUCAAGGUUUAGCUACGCUUUUUACCCCAAUUUAGGACUAUUCUUUAAACCUUUUUGUUGAUGUGAUGUUAAUCAUGUAAUUAAAUUUGUAACGCCAAAACAUUUAAUUUUGUGUUAUUAGUGGUGGCAGUCUGUUUUGUAAACAGAUGCAAACGACUUGGAAAACAUGUGCAUUUGUGCAGAAAGGUGCCCUGCACGAAUCCGUCUAUACUCUAUAUAUAAAAUAUUGUGGAAAAAUGUUACGAAUUUUUUUUU